AAAAAAUAACAAUUUCCGCUUUUCCAUCAUCCCAGCCGGCUAAGGCCUCUUAUCACUCUCCCGUCGUGGAUACUUUUGCUUCAUCGACAGUUUUCAUCCGCCUGAAUAGAGACAGAGUAAUAGCAUAUGAUUCCGUAGAACGAAAAUGUCUUGCUUAUUGCCUCAAUUCAAGUGCUCGCCAGACACUUUUUCCGUCAAAAAAUUCCACCUUAAAUCCGGCAUCCAUACAGCUAAUGAUAGGCACCCUCUUUAUUUUUGGACUCGAUGUGUGCUAUCUACCGCAUCUCCACCGCCAUCAACAGAAACCACAGUUGUACUCAAUAUGGAUAAGUCAGAGUUGCUUUCCUUAGAUCUUUCCCCAGAUUCUAUUGCUGCAGAUGGAUCAUGGAAACCUCUAACACCUGCAGUGACUACUGCUGUUCUUGGCAUGGAGAAGUUAAAACUGCCUUCUUUUGAGGAUUAUUCAAAUUCAGUUGCUUCAGAUGGACUGUGGACAUAUACAACUGCAGGUGGUCCACCCACAGAGGCAACAAAGUCUAUUUUUCAUGCGGAAGCUCUACUUGCUAGUGAAGAAGCUGUAAUAGCCGCUGCCGCUGCUGAAGCAGUUACAUUAGCAAAAGCUGCACUGAAGGUAGCAAAAGAAGUAGCCUUGUUGGUUAGGAGUUCUAAUUCUUCCAGGUCUGCCGAUAAACAUGUAGGUGCAGCAGAUACUACUGUCUUUAAUAGAUCUGAAGUGGUCCAACCUGGUGAAAAGAGGGGAGAUUUAAAGGAAAAUGGACUAAGGUGGAGUGAGAGUGAUAUCUAUGAUUACAACACCAUGAAAUCUAAGCCAACACAUGAAGAGCUGGAACUAUGCCAAGUACAGUUCUCAAAUAGUAUAACUGUCAAAUCCAACCGCCAAAAAGAACGCAAGUCUAGAAGAGAUAAAGCAGCAGAAAGGGCUGCAGCUAAUAUUAUGUCUGUAAAGUCCGAAUCCACCAGUAGAAAAAAGCGUGCACCUGUAAAAGCUAUAGAUUAUUCUGAUCCAUUGCGAUACUUUAGGGGAAGCACCAAUAGUUGUAAACUACUUACGUCUGCUGAAGAGCAGCUGCUGUCAGAAGGAAUUCAGAAGUGAACAGGAUCUACUAAAAUUAGAGAGACAGGAGGAGGAGCUUAGAGAGCAGUGUGGUGGUCAGCCAACGUUUGCACAAUGGGCUAUUGCAGCCGGUGUUGAUCAGAAAACCCUAAGAAAGCGAUUAAACUAUGGUAUCCAAUGCAAAGAUAAAAUGAUCAGCAGCAACAUAAAGCUUGUUAUAUCCAUAGCAAAAAAAUAUCAAGGAGCUGGUUUGAGUAUUCAGGAUUUGGUUCAGGAAGGAUGUCAAGGACUAGUUAAAGGUGCAGAGAAGUUUGAUGCUUCAAAGGGGUUCAGGUUCUCAACAUAUGCUUAUUGGUGGAUUAAGCAAGCAGUUAGAAAAUGUCUAUCAGAGCAGUCCCGGACAAUUAGACUGCCAAUAAACAUGGUUGCUGCAGCAUAUAAAGUGAAGGAGGCAAGGAAGCAAUUGUACACAGUAAAUGGUAGAGACCCUGAUGAUAAAGAAGUGGCAGAGGCAACAGGGAUGUCAAUGAAGAGGCUCAAUGCUGUGAUGCUAACUGCUAAAGCUCCAAGAUCUCUUGAUCAGAAAGUGGGAAUCAAUCUGGAUCUCAAACCUUCGGAAGUGAUUGCAGAUCCUGAAGCUGAAACAACUGAAGAGUUACUGAUGAAGCAGUUUAUGAGACGAGAUCUGGAGAAGGUAUUGGAUACUUUAUUAAAUCCAAGGGAAAAGCAAGUCCUUAGAUGGCGCUUUGGACUAGAGGAUGGAAGGAUGAAGCCUUUGCAAGAGAUUGGGGAGUUGAUGAACGUAAGUCGGGAGAGAAUCCGUCAAAUUGAGUCACGUGCAUUCCGCAAGUUGAAAAGCAAGAAAGAAACCGAACAUCUGCUAAACUACUUAACCGCUUAAAGUUUCAUACACCAAGAGUCUAUAGGUUUCUAGCUUGUGCUGCCUACAACCAAAUAGCCAUAAUUAUUGCAUUAGUUUGGUUAAAGUCGUCUGCAUUUAGAUUCUUCUUAAAUGAAUCCUUUUCUCGCUAGCCCCCUUUUUGCAGCAAAACUGUAACAUUGCAGCAAAACUGUAACAUAGUACUGCAAAUGGUUUCUGCAUAUUCUGUAAAUGUUCCACCCAUUGUUCUACCAAUUGUAUGUGUGAUUCUAUUUGCAGCUACACAUUUGUACAUUUCAUAAAAACUCACUUGAGCUUGUUAAUUCCUGACAAAUGUUUAG